UGAUAGUUUGAUAGUAAAACAGUAAACAUAAUCUCGUAUCUAUGCUUCUAAAAUACAUUCAUCAAGAAUUUGAGAACCUUUCUAUCUAUUUAGUUAGUUAAAUACGCUUAACGCUAGCCAAUUUAUAAAACUAAGGCUAUUUUCAUUUUGAUAUUUGUAAAAUAAUAUAAAUUAAACAAUGCCCAGAACAGUGUAUUCACCCGAGCACUGCCUUCAAUAUUUGGAACAAUAUGCCUCCAAAGAAAUAUUUGCUAUAGGGCUAAUCCUCGGUCAGAUGACCGAUGCUAGAGAGAAUGUAAUCCAUCUGGCUCGCACACCAGAAGAAAAAGGAUCAGAGAUUGGUAUAGAAUCAAAUUAUGGCCUAGAUAAACCAGAGAUAGCAAAGAAUUUAAGUAGUGUAUCUGAAGCAUGGAUUGCUGACCAUGCGCGACAUGUAACUAGAAUGCUCCCUGGUGGAAUGUUUGUUCAAGGCAUAUUUGUAACUAGCGAUGAAGAUGUCUUUGAAGAUCCUAAUUGCUUUAGUAAAUUACGAUCAACCCUUAACCACAUAUAUAAAGGCUUAAGUAUCAAUGAGUAUAUGUUUGGAAACUGUCCUUACUCUAAUGAAAGGCUGAUCCUUCACAUGUCUACAAGUACUAAAGUACUUACAUGCAAAAGCUUAGAAGUCGGAGGUUUGAAUAAAAACACAACUUUAAAACCUGUUGAAUGGAAAUUUUCACCUAAAGCAUUGAGUUGGCAAAGGCUGGACUGCUAUUAUGAGUUUGAUGAAAUUUAUCCUGUUAUUGUAAAGAACAGUGGUGUCUCAGUAAAGAAUCAAUUUCAGCAAAUUCUGGAGUCUGCACACAAAACAAUUGAAUCAAGUGUGAUGUUUAUUGAUGGUGAGCUGAAAGAUGGUUCAGAAUCAUUGGAUCAACUCAUAAAGAAGAAGAAAACUAAAACGAAUACUAAAUUGACCCAGAAUGAAGCACCAAAAUCUAUGCAUGUUUCACUAUUUGUACCCUAUGAAAACACGCUUCCUGAAACAGUUGAGUAUUUAGAAUGCGAAGGCAGCAUACAUUUUAGCGGUGUAGUAUCGUCAAGCGUUUUUAUAUACCCAAAGGCGACAGUAAAAGAGGCGAUCGCCGCAGUCAAGCAAGAUAUUGUUCGUUCACUUGCUUCAAGAUUCACAAUGCAUUGUGAUGCAUUAAUUGAUGACAACCUUCUCCCGGAAGAAAAGAUUUGUUUCAAUGAGCCGCCACGCCGGGUGUUAGUUCCAGUGGGAUCCCUUUAUCUCUGUGAUUACUUAUUCCCUGGAGAAGCACCGGCCGAAGCGUUACUUUCUGUUCGGGAACUAUUGGAUCUAAAAAUAACAGAAACUGAUGUUAUAUGCGAUGUUGAAACACCUGCAGAUACUUCCGAGUUUGACGCCCUAGAUCGAGAUGCAAGUAGUGAGGAAUUGUUGGCAACACCACAGGAAGCGAGCCAGUUCAUGUAUAUUACGGGACUUUGUUUUGCCAUGCUCGUACUCCUUGUUUCUAUUAUAAUUCAUUAUUACGAUGGUAUAAUUCAAGUGCUGAGUAAAAUCUUUCCUAAAUCCUGAAAGUAAAUAUGUUGUUAUUGUUAAAGCAUUAAAAGACUCGUUUUUUUUUCAUGUGUAAGGUG